GCAAGGACCCACCAAAUCCUGUAUCUUCAUCAACUUUUCAUAGAUGCGCUUUAAACUUGUUCCAGACUUUGCAGUCACAUAUACCCGCAUCCAUUAUUCUUAAGCUGUAAUACUGAAAAUGCCGUUCAUUUUUGACAAUAAUUUCUGAAGUUCUAAAGUAUCGAGAAACGAAAACAUAGGACUGGAAAUUCUCUAUGGUUUAAAGCGCGUAAUUUCUAUGAAUAGAAACAGUCUAAAAAUAGCAGUAUGAAGUGAAAGAAGAUGAUUCGGUGAGGGUGUAGGCUGUACGGUUGCUCAAGUUUUUCACGAUCAACUUGAAGGUUUUUAUGGAACGAUCACUGACGAUCGAAUUCCUUCAUUGCAUCGUGUAGAAAGGAGACGGGAUGGGCAUUUUUAGCGACUGUCAGAUAGCCUUGGACCUUGAUGCAACCCAAGUCCCCUUCAAAAAGAAACAACUGCUCAGGCAACAGGUGACCAGCAAUGGAGGAGUCAUCUCCUAUAUACUCACCAAGAAGACCUCCUACCUUGUCGCCAGCAAUGGGCCAAAGACGGCUGACUCCUACAAGGGACGCACGGCCAAGAAGCAAGGGGUGCCAAUCAUCAGCAUGGGCUUCAUUGAAAGGUGCCUAGAGGAAGGAAGGCUGGUAGACCACGAGGACUUCUUGCUGGUGGGCAAGACCAGCAGCAUGCAGUUCAGCUCCGGCAAAAUCAUAGCUGCAAAAACCCAACAGGAGCCCAAGAAGAAGGCCAAGGUGUUGUCUUUCAACAUUAAUAAAAUCAAGGUCUGGCCGUGGGGAAGUGUUGACACACCUGCUUAUCCUGAGGACAAGUAUGAGAUUGCGAAGAGUGUUCUUCUGCAGAAGAGAGACACCAGGAGUAAAGAUAGACUCUUCUAUCACCUGGAGUUACACGUGGUUCCUGAUGAUGUCUUCAACUUGUCUAGGAACACCAAGGACAGUGGGCCAGCGUGUGAUCACCCGUUCAGGGUUUUCACUCAUCGCGGUGUACUCGAUCACUUGAUGGACGAAGACUCUGGCGCCAGAGAGGUCCGCUACUGCAACUCCAGUGAGGAAGCUCUAGAGACGUACAGCUUCCUGUAUCACCAGCAACAGCAGCAUGGCAUGAGCAGAGGCAAGAAGGCAGCCUCGCGCUGGAUCGGCUCCCCUAAAUAUAGACAGACUCAGCUGAGCAUCGGGGAGGAAGAGGAUGAGAUGAGUCUAGAGGUGGCCUCCCUGGUGGCCAGUCUGUGGAAGGAGACGCUGGGAGAACUGGAAGACAUCCUGGCUGUGGACAUCAAGACCCUCACCUCCGAGAAGGUGUCCAAGGCAGAGAGCAUCCUCCUCCAAAUCAGGAAAGCUCUGGAUGGGGGAGGUGACGAUACUGAUAAGUUUGAGGCGAGCAUUGAGACCCUGAGCCAGGAGUUCUACAGCCAAAUACCCCACAAGAGCGAGCACAAGAAAGACAUCAAGACAAAGAGUGUGAUCGCCAAGAAGCAGGAUUUGUGCCAGCUUAUCAAAGACGUAGUCAGCGUGAGCGAGACAACUAACUGGUCGCAGCGGAGCAGUGUAGAGUCCAAGUACAGAGCCCUACGCUGUCACAUCAGCUGCUUACCCGACAACCAUCCCCACUACUACGAUGUCAAGAACUUCAUUAUCUCUACACAAGGGAAGAAGCUAGCUGAAAUCCUGCGCGUCUUUGCUGUGACGCGCCCUUUAGAGUUAACUAGCUUUGAUGCCAAGCUGCACAACAGUCGUCUGCUGUUCCAUGCAUCCCGGCCAGCUAACUUUGUGGGCAUCCUUUCAAGAGGCCUUAUCCUGCCCAAGGUGGUGGUGGAUGACUUUGGCGGGGAGAGGACGGAUGCUGGCAUGCUGGGCAGUGGAAUCUACUUCGCUGACAACUUCAGCACCAGCGCCAAGUACUCCCACAUCAGCCACACUCGAGGCACCCGCCUGAUGACAAUCAACCAGGUGGCCCUCGGGAUAUGUUAUGAGACAACCAGCUACCAUAAGGACUUCACCGAACCCCCGGAUGGCUUCCAUAGCGUCCACGGGGUCAGGAAUGAUGGCUCCAAUCGUUCCGAUUUCAAGGAUGACGAAUAUGCAGUUUACAGCACUGAGCAGCAGCGUCUGCGCUAUGUGGUUGAGUUUACUCUGCCCGGUGACAAACCCAAGCUGACCACUGGUCAAGCUCUCGCUGGCGAGGCUAAUGUUUGCAGCGAAGAAGACAGCGAUGGUCAAGCCAGCGAUACGGAGGGGGACAAGUCGAGCGCCAUCGACCUGAGUGACGUACAGAGCAUCGAGGAUCCUCUCAAUAAAGUCCAGCCUGGACUCCUCUCCAGCAGUGACCAGCCCAUUCCGCUCAAGGCUGUGCAUGCGAGAGCCAAGCUACUGGACUUGGCAGCUCAGGUUGUCGUACUUCAAGUGUACGCAAAUGACAGCGAUUUUCCCAUAGAAGCCAAGUACGUCUUCCCGCUGGAUGAGCAGGCGGCAGUUUGCGGCUUUGAGGCCUUCAUCAAUGACAAGCACAUUGUGGGUGAAGUGAAGGAGAAGGAGACUGCCCACAAGGAGUACAAGGAAGCCAUCAGCAAGGGGCAUGGCGCCUACCUCAUGGAUGAAGAAAAGCCAGAUGUGUUCACUGUGAGUGUGGGCAACCUCCCUCCCAAGACCACCGUAGUGAUCAAGAUCACCUACGUAGCUGAGCUGGCCGUGGAUGGGGACAAGAUCCUCUUUGGCCUGCCGGGGAGCGUGGCGCCGUGGAGGAAGGACGAGGCCCUGGCCCAGGAGACGCAGGCCGACGUCACCACGGUCAAAGUCAAAGACACCGACAGGUCCUUAUCUGUGCAUGUUGCCAUAGAGAUGCCUUAUGAAAUCCGAAGUCUGGAAUCUCCUACACACCCAAUCAAACGCAAGCAAACUGCCAGCAAAGCAACUGUCUGCCUUGCAGAUGACUGCCUGGGACUGGACGACGGCUUCCAGCUCCUGAUUGGCCUGGCAGAGAUCCACGUGCCCCGCAUGUGGGUGGAGAGACACCCCGAGGACAGUGACAGCCAGGCCUGCAUGCUGACCUUCUACCCGGAGUUUGAGGCCGAGCAGACCGACCAGUCGGAGGUGGUGCUCCUGCUGGACUUAUCCAACUCAAUGCGGGGAGGGAGCAGCCUGCAAGAAGCCAAGAAGGUUGCCCUCCUCGCCCUGCAUCAUCUGCCCAAGGACUGGCGGUUCAAUGUCGUUGUUUUUGGAACAGAUUUUGAGGAGCUGUUCCCACAGAGCCAAGCCAAGACACCAGACACUGUGAAGUCGGCUACCAACUUUCUGCAGGGCUUAUCUGCUGCCAUGGGCAACACCGACGUCUGGCACCCCCUGCGGACCUACUUCAUGCUGAAGUCAGGCCAGCUGUGCAACAUCUUUAUCAUCUCGGACGGCCACGUCAGUAACGAGGACGCAACCUUGGAGGCUGUCCGCCGGAAUUGCCGCCAUACCAGGGUGUUCACCCUCGGUGUUAGCGCCACAGCCAACAAGUAUCUCCUUCGUGCUGUGGCCACUGCUGGGGCCGGAGCCUUUGAGUUCUUUGACAGCAAGACAAAGUCCAAGUGGGAAGGCAAGAUCAAAUCCCAGCUGAGCAAGGCAGCCCAGCCUGUCUUGUCUUCUGUCAGCGUGGACUGGUGCCAGUUUGACGAUGACGCCCCGGCUCCUAUCCAGGCACCCAAUAACAUCACCUCCCUCUUCAGCGGUUCCCGGCAGGUGGUGUAUGGCUUUGUCCCACACUGCACCCAGGCCACUCUGCGAGCCAAUAAUGAGGGUAGAGAGGUGUCUACCAUGGUGUCAACCCAUGAACUCAGCAUUACACAGGGAAAGAUAUUGCAUCAGCUGACGGCCCGGAACAUCAUCCGUGACUGGGAGGAGGGCGCCCUCGCAGCUGACCGCACCCGGCACGAAGCUCGUAAGGCCGAGCAAAAAAGCUACAUCAUCGAGCUGAGCAAGAAGUACUCCAUCGUCACCCAGUUCACCAGCUUCGUCGCCGUGGAAGUCCGAGACAAGUCAGAAGAAGGCAAGGUCAAAACCGGGGUGGACGUGAAUGACCUGUUGAAGAAAGAAGAGGUGGACUCGUUGCCUUACUUAGGCUGGCAGCAGGACAAGGCCCAAGAUGCAGCAGUACCAACGACCUUGGAGGAGCAAGCAGGGAUAGCUGAGUUGCUGGACCAAGCAGAAAGAGAAGUUUCUUUUUCUGUCCUGAGAACUGAGAGAUUAUACCAGCAAAUCCUAAAGAAACUGAAUGACUCCCGUGACAAAUAUAAAAAAGAUCCCGUGCUUCAGAGGGUGGUUCGGCAAAUGCAGGAUUUUUGUGUCAACGUGAAGCACGAGGACUUCUCCGACUGGAUGGACACAAUGACAGAUGAUAUUGAUGUGUCUGAAUUGUUUGAAGAUACGCCCGUGCUUGCUUUUGUUGGUGAUGCAUUUUAUAGCUCCCCGGAAGAGGAAGACUGGAUAAAUAUGACAUUGGAAUGUGUUGCACCAGAGAUACCUGAAAGCCCGAGCUAUGUACCCACUUCACCGUCUUUUAUGGGUGCGUCAGAUCCUUUUGCUCGAAUUGGGUACAUGAGUGAUGAUGAUGAGGAGUAUUUGGAGCCAAGCGCUGAGGAAAGUUACGAUUUGGAUGAGGAUAAGUAUGAGAAUGAUGAAUCAGAGAGCUCUGAAGAGGAAAUGGAGCGGGAUCUUUUCCUCUUGGAGGAGGAAAAACAAGCACUCCGUAAAAUAGCUUUUCCUUCGAGCUGCAGGAAAAAUAUUGGAGGGGGCGGGGAGCUGUUUCGAAAAAAAGAGUCCAAACAUGCAAGUGUCGCAGGAGAAGAUAAACCUAUGCUGAAAAAGAAACCAGACAAAGAAGAACAAAAGUUAGAAAGCGACAGAAGACAGCAACAAACACAGCAACAAGAGCAUGCAACGGUAAAUUUGCUUCCGGGUCUGUCCUUUAAAGCAGUUGAGCAUUCCCUGGAACCUGCAACCUAUAGAAGGUUGUCCUCUCCACCCUCAAGCCGACGAGCAAAGGGAAUAUCAGAACAGGCUAUAACGCCUUCUACUCCAGCCGCUGGAUACUCCUCACUAGACUCAGCGUGGGGCGGGCAGCCCCGAGGCCUUCCCGGAAUGAUGGGAGAGUUCUUGGGAGACACUGAAUCAGCUGAUUACCUGGUAAGAUCACAAGUGGCAGGAGGGUUUUCAUUUGGAGCAGCUGCCUCUGCUGCAGCAACCCCAAGUUUUGGAAGUGCUGGUCCCCAGGCAGUGGGUGAUAAAGCCACAUCUUCAGAUGUUACACCAAGAGCAGAAGCCGCAUCAGGGUUCUCAUUUGGUGCAACAACCUCCACUACCUCAUUUGGUGGUUUUGGAAGUGCCCAGCCUCCGUCACUGGCUGAUGAGUCUUCAUUUGCUGAUUUCACACCAAGGGCAGUAGCAGCGGCAGGAUUCUCAUUUGAAGCAUCAGCCCCCGCUGCACCUUCCAUGACUUUCGGAAGUUUUCAGCCUCCACCCACGGCUGCCAUACCCACAGCCACCUCUGCCCCAGCAAGACCUGGCUUUGCUGCCUCUGGUAUGUUUGGACAAGCAGCUCCGGUGGCAGCUAGCCUUCCUAGGCUCCCAUUAGAUACCGGCGUCAUGAUAGGAAUUACUCCCCCCCUUCCAAUUAAUGCCCAGCAAGCUGUUCCACCCCCACUCCCAUUAAGAAGGGCUGUCCCAGAGCUUCAGCUGGCAAGUGACAAGGUGUGCCCCAAAAUACUCCCUCUACCCACACUUUCUGUGUCGGUCCUAGAGCCUGAAGCACAAUUUGUUGCUUCAUUUACAUGUACGUCAACCCAACCAUGUGAGAUGAAGAGAGCGUCAAAGCGACGGGCUGGUAAGAAACCAGAGGCAAAAAAAGUCAGUCCACUCCAUGGACGUAGAGCACAAGAUUCCAAGGAAUCACCUGAACCUGCUACUGGUUUAAAAGUGGCCCGGAGUACAAUGGGCACAGUGAAAUCUGCAGUGAUUAGUGAGGAGGGCGUUGCUCUAGGAAAACGUCCGGGGCCCAUUCAGCAGAGGAGAAGCCUACAGAAAGAUACAGCCAGAGCCAAGAUGGAUGAGCCGUGUGAGAGAGAAGCCCCAGCAAAACUCUGGGCAACAAAGAAAAAGAAGAAAGGUUACAUGUUACCGACCUACAGUAUAUCUCUGGAGUCAGGCAAAGCAGAAGAUUACAUUUCUGAGGAGGUUGGUCUUUCUUUUGAGGAUGCUUCAGUCCUGACAGAAAUGGCAGAUGGCCAAGAUGAGAUGGAAACAUCUGCUGCAUUCGAUUGGCAAAUAGUCCAACGUCGAACUGAAAAAAAGAGAGGACGGGAAGCCAGCGCUGCUGUUGGCAAGGGCCGACCCUGUGAUGAUGAACUGCCCCCAGCAGUCCCUCCCAGUCAGAUGGCCAGGGACCAUGAUGCAAUGGAUGACCAGAUAAGCGAAGCCAUUAGUGCGCCACUGGGCUUUGAAGCAAGGGAGUCAUCAGGAUUCAGAAAGCACCCUGGCACUUAUCGUUUGGCAACCAUCAUGAGACUUUUGAAAUCACAGAACGAGGAUGGGUGUUGGGACCUGUUUGCGGGCAUUCAGGUGUUCGUUGGGGUCCGACUGAAGCCAGUCAGGAACCUACUGAAGGAAGCUGGAUUGAACUCGCUAGGGGAGGAGGUCGCUUUAAAAAUUGAGCGGCUAGUGGCCACCUACCUGGUCAUCCUGUACCUGAAUUGCUUCUUGGAGGGCCCGCGCACUCCCACCAUCGGCCCCCAAGAGAGGGAGAUGAUUACCCAGUCUGUCCUGAAGGCAGAGAGGUUUGUUAGCCAGGUGGAGAGCGAACACCCGUCCCUGGCUCGGCGCCUGGAGUUGGGGAGCAGCUGGGACGAGGUCUGCCGGGAUAUCUUCAAGUAGGUGUAAUCAAGGUCCAAUCCACAAGUAAUAAAUAAUAAUAGUAAUACUGUUUACCGAAAAUGGGCCACUUGGGAGACAUUCCCAUAAGAACGUGCACAAAC